GGGGGGGGCGCACGGCCGCUCUAGCCAGCCUCGGACUCGCUGGCAGGCGCCGCAGCUGCACGUCCUCCGCGCCUCCUCCUGCGCAGCGGGCUACGACUCGACCCCUCCCCCGUCCAGAAAGCUGAACCGGCAGGAUGCACGGGCGCCUAAAGGUGAAGACGUCUGAAGAGCAGGCAGAAGCCAAAAGGCUAGAGCGGGAGCAGAAGCUGAAACUCUACCAGUCAGCCACUCAAGCUGUCUUCCAGAAGCGGCAGGCUGGAGAGCUGGAUGAGUCAGUGUUGGAACUGACAAGCCAGAUUCUGGGAGCCAAUCCUGAUUUUGCCACCCUCUGGAACUGUCGCCGAGAGGUGCUCCAGCAGCUGGAGGUCCAGAAAUCCCCUGAGGAAUUGGCUGCUCUGGUGAGGGCAGAAUUGGGCUUCCUGGAGAGCUGCCUACGCGUGAACCCUAAGUCCUACGGCACGUGGCACCACCGCUGCUGGCUGCUAGGCCGCCUGCCUGAGCCCAACUGGGCCCGGGAGCUGGAGCUAUGUGCACGCUUUCUCGAGGUUGAUGAGCGGAACUUUCACUGCUGGGACUAUCGGAGAUUUGUGGCUGCACAGGCUGCUGUGGCCCCUGCAGAGGAGCUGGCCUUCACCGACAGCCUCAUCACCCGGAACUUCUCUAACUAUUCCUCCUGGCAUUACCGCUCCUGCCUCUUGCCCCAGCUGCACCCCCAGCCAGACUCUGGUCCACAGGGACGCCUCCCUGAAGAUGUACUGCUGAAAGAGCUGGAGCUGGUGCAGAAUGCCUUCUUCACUGACCCCAAUGAUCAGAGUGCCUGGUUCUAUCACCGCUGGCUCCUGGGUCGGGCGGACCCCCAGGAUGCUCUGCGCUGCCUCCAUGUGAGCCGGGACGAGGCCUGUCUGUCUGUCUGCUUUUCUCGGCCCCUAAUAGUGGGCUCCAGGAUGGGGACCUUGCUACUCAUGGUUGAUGAGUCACCCUUGAGUGUGGAGUGGAGAACCCCAGAUGGCAGGAACCGGCCCAGCCAUGUCUGGCUCUGUGACCUGCCUGCUGCCUCUCUCAAUGACCAGUUGCCCCAACAUACAUUUCGGGUCAUUUGGACAACAAGUGAUGCCGAGAAGGAGUGUGUGCUUUUAAAAGGCCAUCAGGAGUGUUGGUGCCGAGACUCAGCCACUGAAGAGCAGCUAUUCAGGUGUGAGCUGUCAGUGGAAAAGUCAACAGUGCUACAGUCUGAGCUUGAAUCCUGUAAGGAACUUCAGGAGCUGGAACCUGAGAAUAAAUGGUGCCUGCUGACCAUCAUCCUGUUGAUGCGGGCACUGGACCCCCUUCUCUAUGAGAAAGAGACACUGCAGUACUUCCAGACCCUGAAGGCUGUGGACCCGAUGCGAGCAGCCUACCUGGAUGAUCUGCGUAGCAAGUUCUUGCUAGAGAACAGUGUGCUCAAGAUGGAGUAUGCUGAGGUGCGCGUGCUUCACCUGGCUCACAAGGUCUUGCACCUGUCACUUGGCUCGUCAUCCUGCUUGUUUCUUAGUCUCAAAUCUUGAGUCACCACAGUUGGACUAGGGAGGAGCUCAGUGGUACAGCUCUUGCCUAGCAUGUACAAGGCCCUGGGUUGAAUCCCCCAAAAUCCCCUUAUCAUCCAUGCUGUGCACACCAAUGCUUCUCACCCUGGAGCAGGGCCCCAAACCUAAAACCUAAACAUUUCUAGAGAUUUCUGAAAGCCUUCCAGGCUCUGCUUUUCCUGUUUCUAGUCUCUCCCAGCCUUCUAAGCACAUCAGUUUUACCUUAUCACUGCAGCCCACCUCACUCCUGACAGCCCCACUCCUGCCUUGUUUGUUUGCUCCAGGACCUGCCACUGUCCUCUGUCCCUUUCACACUCCAGGUUGCCUUUUCCCAUCCACUCCCACUGAUCACCCCUUCCCCAACCCUGUCUGUCUGUCCUCUGUCCUUGACAUGUAGCAUGUACUCCCGUGGACUGAGCUAUAAGGUAAGUUUCUCAAAUGCUGCCAGCCUCUGUCUCAACAAGAGUCCCUAGGGGCCCAUAUGGGACACCAUAGCUGAAGACCCUCUCCUAGAUCUUGCUGAGUAUCUCCCCUACCCCCACCCCACCAC